AAAUGUUAGAAAGCCAGGCGGAUAUUGACAAACCAAAGUACGACAGGGUAACGCAAAAGACACAGGUCAAUAACUACACGUUCACCAACAUUGAUGAAGCGAGUAGUUUUUGGAAAAGUCUAUGGGAAGAAGAAUGGAGCAGAGACACGGAAGCAGAAUGGAACGAGGAGGUUAGAGAGGUAGUGGAAGACGUAGCACCGGAAGUACCGACUGAUAGAUCAUCAAUAGAAAGAAAAACUGGAGCGCACCUGGUCCCGACCGUAUUGCUAAUUUCUGGAGAGAUGGCAAGGAAAGCUUAUCAAGAACAGAUGGGACGACGAGAAAGUUAAACUGGAGGAGUGCUUUGCGUGGCUUUCUUCAUGGAAGAAUGCCCCAACGCAUACCAUCGCUGGAGUACAAGAGCUUUACCAACAACUGUUAACUACAAAGGUUUACUACAAAAGAAAAACAAAAUCACAAGUCACUGAUGAAAAAUGCCGCCUAUACGGGGAUUCCCUGGAGAAUGUGCAGCACGUUGUAUCUGGCUGUAGUGCACUGGCACGGACUAAGUACCUACAGAGACAUAACAAUGCUUUCAAGAUCUUAUUCUUUGAAGUCCUUAGAUCUUUAGAUCUCAUUACUUAAGUUGAACCGUGGUUCUCACCCAAGCCGCUAUAUGAGAACGAGCAUGCGACCGCCUUCUGGGACGUCCCAUUAUUCGCUAUCAAAAUUUAUUUGACAUACGUUGGACGUUCUUAUAAUUUAAUGGACAGCUAUAUGAACAAUGAUUUUUAACUUAUGAACAUUUUUAUUUUAUAAUUAAGACGUCCAUAAAGCUUGUAGGACUUUCUUUAUUUUCUGUUAUAUUUUUAUGACACUUUUAUCAAAUCAUUUUUUCCCAGGUUUUUUUUGCGCAAAUUAUUGUAUAAUUGUUACUACAAAUUUUGGCCCAGCUAAAGCUUUUACUUUUUACUCUGGCCAUCCAGACGUUUGUACUGCCAUAAUAAUAAUAAUAAUGUCUAACAUUUCUAUAGCGCCUAUACAAGUUGUUCUAAGCUCUUUACAAUUCUCAACCCAUGAAAUAUAAAUAAAUAUUUUAAAUAAAUAAUUAAAACUAACAAACAAAACUUAAUUAAAAUAUGCCUUAAAAAGGUGUGUUUUUAGCUUAGCCUUAAAAAUACUUAGACCCUCUACGACACGUAAUUCAGAUGGAAGUGCGUUCCACAGCUUGGGACCACAAACAGAAAAGGAAGUCAGUCCAUACGACUUCAUAUUACACAGAGGCAGGUUCAGUCUGCAAAUAAGUCUAAUCGCAUCAGUUGAGGAGCGCAGUGAUCUAUUAGGAUUGUAAACGUCCAGUAAUUCUUGUAAAUACUUAGGGGCUAAGUACUACGGGUCUUGGUGAAAAAUUGUGCAAAAACCUAGUAAUUCGUAAGAAAAAAAGAAAAAAAGAACGGGGGAGUAAAAGGAAAAGUGAAAGGUCAUUGGUUAAAGGGACAAUGAACUUUUUUGUACAAAAACCAUCUGAAAAAUUUUGCCCCCUGUUCAUGCCCAAACUUUGAAGGCUUCAAUUUUGUCAUUUGGAACAAAAGCCAGAUAGAGAACUGAAUACGAAUGAAUAAGUUCAGUUUGCUCAUGCUUUGUCCCUUUUAACUGAAAAAAAUACCACUUUGGGUUUUUGACAGAUUACAAAGCAGACUCAGAAUUUGGAGUAGAAAGCACUUAUAUCAUAUUUACUGUUUGUAGGGGUUCCGUUUUAUCUUUUAAAUUUGGAUAAAAUAUUAUUAUCCAUUAACUCAAGCUCAUUGUCAUACAAAAGCAUACUCAAGAACAAAGGAAAAGAUCUUUCACAAAAGGGUUAGGUUGAACAAGGACACGUAUUUAAAGAAAAAGUGCUGUAUUUCAGGCCGAUGUCCAAAUUUUAACUUUUGCAUUCUACAUCUCUUUAUGGCCCAGUCGUGUUAGCUGUUUGUUUGCUUACUCGUUCUUAUUUUAUUUCAAUUUAAUAGAGAGAGAAGGACGUUAAAACUCACCGAAGGCGGCUGGAAAAGAAAUGGAGAGAGGAAAUUAGCCAACUAGACCAGCUACGAGAGCAAGAGGGACAUGGCAAAGUGGAAUUAGGUGUUGGCCAUGCACUUGCUCUGGGUCCACCAACGGAUGAUAAUCAACCAGGUUAAAACGGCUGUAGUAACUACAUUAUUGCAAGGCUCAUAGCCAUCAGCCAGACAAUUUUAGCUGUAACUAAAUGAAAAUUAUUAUUUAAGUUAUUCUAAGAAAAUUGUGGUCACCAGAAAUACUUUUAGAAUGUGACUAUUUCGCAAGAAGUCGUGUUAAAACGUUUGCCAUACAUGUUAUAGUUGAGUUAAUACCCUGCAAACGACUCCUGCUCACAGGGAAAGACAAGGUUUGAAAGAGUGUAAUUCACAUGUUUUGUUCCUUGCGAUCCUCAUCAUGGUUACGUUGUUACAUAUGAGGCACCGACAAGUCAUGUAAAGGAAAGUCAAAGUUCUUUUUCAUACAAACAUUGUAUUUCACCAACUACUGAGUAGAACCCCGGUAACUCGAACCUCUGAUAACUCGAACUCUCCGCUAAGUCUCAUUUCCCUUGGAGUUGACCCCACUUUUCAGCUAUUUUACUGGGUUCGAACUAGGACAAGUCGAAUUCCUCGCUAACUCGAACUAAAUCUCGUUUCCCUUGAUCUUAAUUUACCCCAGUAAGUGGAAUUCUGGUUCUUGCAACUCACCACGGACACCACCCCAUUAGCUCUUCCUGUCGUAAAAAUCUGUUAAACUUCUUAAACUUGCAGUACAGCGGUUUGAUUUUAAUUUGUGCAAAGAACAGAUAAAGUAUUUGAUAGUCACUUUCCAGUGUUAUGAGUGAUACCAACUUAUCAGAAUAAGAAUGCCUUAUCGUGUUAAAGUUUCUCGAUCUAUCCCAGUAACUCGAGACACGACUAACUCGAACUGAUUUUUGUUUCCCUUCAGAGGUCGAGUUACCAAGGUUGUACUGUACGCCGAACGGUUGGACUUUUCACGAGUUAGCCUGAGAAAACAGCCGACACUUAGUAACGCCAACGCCACCGUUCCCCGCGAAAUGACGUCUUAGGAACGAGCGCUAGAAAUUCCAUACUAAUGACAUGUCAGUACAUGGGACAGCACUACUCAGAUUUGUCGGAGCUUGGUCGUGACACGGCGUUAUAUCACAUGAAAAUUGUGGCUCUCUUUCCUUAGACGUCAUUUCGCGGAAAACGGUGACGUCACGAAAUGUUAGAUGUUUUACGUGUGAGCCGCGCCUGAGCUUUGUGAUCGUCAACCAGGUUACUUCGAUUAGUGGCUAUGAAAAUCAUACAGGUUUAAAUACAACUAUAGUAACGGUGUAUUGAAUGUUAUGAUUCCAUUCACAUCUGAUGCACGCAUCAGGUUUUCAAAUUGAUCUUACAGCUGAAAAAAAAAAUAGUGAAAGAACAGACAAAAAAAUCCUCCUAAUGAGGACUAAAAUAAAUAUAAAGUGAGCUUAAGUUAACGUUGAUUUGAUCACUUUUUAUUAAAGGAAUGUCUCUUCCAGGUAAUCAUUUAAAUUGUUUUUGUUUUUACAGAUGAUAUUGAAUCAGUGCCAGUCACGCCAUUAUUUGCUACUCAGCCUCUCUCUCAUGAUCACCUGCCCUCACCAUCAGAUCGAGGUAACAAAGAAAAGGUUUAUUGUAUUGAUGGAUUUUUAUCUGAAUUUUGAUCUGACAUUUGUUUAAGACCUCUGGCUUCAAUCCGCUUAUAAGUAGACCAUCUGCAAAAUCAAAGGAAACAAUCUGUGGAAUGUAGCCGUUAGGAGAUUCUUGCAUGCUUUUUAGUUAAGUAUGCUCCUUAGCUAAGCUGCCUCGGGGGAAAGAGUCUCGUCCACAGUUUCUGCACUGCAAGUGAUAUUAUUUUUGGUUAGCUUCUCAGGCAACAUUCCUAAAGGGAAGUGAUGUGUGGGGUGUACCUGCACAUUUUCCCCAAACGUACCCCUUGUUAAUUUCGUCACUAUAAAUCAGGUCAGGUAUUUGUCACGUUGUUAGGCUCCAAGGUAGAACUUUAGGCAGGAAAAAUCUUUCUGGGGUGAGGCAUCUGACGACAAUUGUUCAGACUGAUUGGUGAUCUCACAAUUAUUAGAAAUUAGUAACGUUCCAUUGACCCAACACCAGCCUUACACGGGACGCUUUUCUGUGUUAUGCUUUUAAACAAGGUAGGUGAGAGCAAAGCCAGUUGCGAGGAAACUCUCGACGUAUGUGUGAAUGGACAUGCUUAGAUUUGACUGAGUCCGGCAUUAGCAGUCAUUUUAAUAGUCUUGAAUACAGACUGGUGUUAGCCUGUGCACAGCCGCCCCCUCCCUGAAACAAAAUGCGUUGAGAGUCUCUCUCCCUGUUUUUGUUUGAGGGGAGGGUACUGAUAUUUUCUCUUUCUAGGGAUCAGUUCCAGCUGUGAUUCUUGGGCUGAACAAGAUAUCGAUGAUGUGGAAAGUAAAAACUCUAAAAAAUCACGCGGGAGAAAAGGGAGCAAACAUUCCAAAACAAAGGGAAAAGAACAGAAUUUUGUCAAGCGAAAUAUUGAGGUAGCGUUCGUUUCGAUGUCUAUUAACAGAAUGAAACAGAAACAAUUGAAUUAGGGUAAAACCUACCAAUCACAUUCGCUAAUUAUAUUUUGAGAGAUAAUUGACAGGAAUGUAAAAUGCUGCUAUGAGUGGAUUUUUAUAUUCAUGUUUUUGUUUUUGUUUUAGCUGGCUGCUGACGCUGGGAAUAUGAUUCCCAUGACAGAAGCGGAGAAGAAACGUUUGGAGCAACUUUUGUCCGAUGAAACAGAUUUAUUGAUGGUGGAGGUAACUUUUUUUUGUUAACUCUGACAACGUAGAUGUUAAGACCUGGACUGGCUUUUCUGUCCUUCCAAUCUCGCUUUAUGCUGUUAUUUUUACGUUUUGAGUACCCCGCGAGUAGGGGUUUCUCCAUGCUCGACGCUACGCUACGAAGGAAGGUGAACCACUGCGAGUGACUGUUUGCUUAUUUGAUCGAGUCGUCGUCCAGCACCGUGGACGAGUAAAUUAACUUUGAACAAGUAAAAGCCUUUAAAAAAAAAAUUAUUCCCUAAUUUCACUCGUCACCAUUUGAUUACACAUACUAAUUUCAUACUCGAAAGAACGCCGAUUUAGAGUUUUUCAAACUUUGCCUGAUUCCUGAAAAAAUAAAAAGCUGUUACAAGUUUUAACGUGAUUUUUGAAAUUAGUUUACUGUAGAGAUUAUUUGGUCACGACUUUCAACCGAUUUUCGAAAAUUACACACAUUGGCUCUUAAGUGCGAUUGACGAGAAGAAAAUUACCGCUGUUGUUUUUCUUGAUAUGAGCAAGGCUUUCGAUACAAUAAAUCAUGGAAUUUUGCUCAAUAAACUACUGGAUAUUGGAAUCUCGCUAUCAAUUGUUGCUUGGUUCACCAGCUAUCUCUCCGACAGACGACAAGUUGUGAGCAUAAAUUCUGAGUUGUCUGAUCCACUACCCGUUGUAUCAGGCGUGCCACGAGGAAGCAUUCUUGUACCCAUUUUGUUUAGUAUUUAUGUAAACGAUUUACCACUUUCCCUCGGUCCUGUCUUAACGAAAGUUACGUUGAUGACACAAAACUUUGCAUUUCUUUCCGAGCCCAUGACUGGACUAAGACUGUUGCUUAUAUGAACGUUGACCUCCUACAUAUUCGAAACUGGUGUUUCGAAAAUCGUCUUCUCUUGAAUUCUGACAAAACUAAGCUUACUGUUUAUGGAAGUCGACAAAGGUUACAAAAUCUCCCGGACAUUCGUCUCUCCUUCUUAGGAAAAAACUAAUACCGGCGCACGUAGUUAAAUAUCUAGGCGUGACUUUUGUCUCGAGCCUUACUUUUCACGAGCAUAUUAUUAAAACAGUUUCUUCCUGCUUCUCAAGUUUAGCUCAAAUUAAUCGUGUUAAGCACGUUUUUGACGGAUCGACUUUAACCAGAAUAAUUGAUACUUUAGUGUUUAGUAAGUUGUUUUAUUGCUCUUCCGUCUGGUCUAAUGCAGCGGACACUAGCCUCCUGAAGCUCCAAGCGGUCUAGAACUUUGCAGCCCGGAUUAUCAGUGGUUCCAGAAAAUUUGACCACGUUACUCCGCUUCUGAAAGAACAGUGAACUGCACUGGCUAUUUUUUAAAUCUCAGCUAUAUCUCCGUGACGCCGUGCUUGCUUUUAAGUGUAUGACUGGCUCCGUUCCCACUUACCUUUCAUCGAAGUUUCUAACACGUGGCUCGAGUCGGUACCAUCUGUACCUAAGGUAGGGUCGUUAGAGUGCAGUGUUGACGACUCGCAGUUCUACCUCUCAUUUCCUGUACGUGAUGCCACCUUAUCCGCAGAUCAGCUGACAGAAGAUCUUCGGAACAUAGCCGCAUGGUGUUGCAAAAACAGUCUACUCAUUAACCCGGACAAGACUAAAUUUCUGGUUCUUGGGACUACGCAGAUGCUGAUGAAGAUACCAGAUGAUCUAAGCAUUACACUACUCAGCAAGGAGAUCACAUCAUCUAAGUCUGCGAAAAACCUGGGAGUUACAAUGGAGUGUAAUCUAACGUACGACGAACAUGUAACUCAAUUAACUUCGAAAUGUAUAGGUAGCCUUUGUCAAAUAAAUCGCGGAAAAUCUGUUUGAUAGGCGUACGCUGAUCACUAUAAUUAAUUCUCUCGUAUUCAGUAAAUUAUUGUAUUGUUCAUCAGUAUGGGCUAAUACCACCAAGAAAAACAUCGAGCUAUUACAAACAGUGCAAAAUUUUGCAGCCCGGGUAGUUUCUGGAACGAGGAAAUUUGACCAUGUUACACCUGCCAAGUAUUAAACAACUUGCGGUUAGGGAUGCUACCAUGGUAUUUAAAUGCUUAAAUGGACUUGCACCUCCAUAUCUUUGUCAGAAGUUUAAAAACCAGAUCGGAAGUGCACAACUGCAACACUAGGAGUAGGGACCCACUUUGUAGGACGGCUGCAGGUCAGCGCUGGUCGCUCGACCAGAAGCUCCGAACUUCUACAUAUACCCUUAUAUAAAACUAAAUCCGGACAAAGGACAUUCUUUUACCUUAUAGUAAGUCUGCGGAACAGUUUAGAUAUUCCCUUAAACUCUGUAUCUCUGCUCGUAAUUUUAAGCGUAAACUUAGAACCAAAUUAUUUGCUGCUUUCCUAUCUUAUCGGUCUUAGUUUAUAUCAUAUCCAUUUUAUUGUAUUUUUUUUAAGUUUCUGUUUCAGUUGUAAUUCUAUUGAAUAUUUAUUAACUUUUUAGCUUUCUUAAUUUUUCUAUAAAACAUUUUAUUACUGUAAUUGUGUAAUUCUUAGAUUUACUCCCCUUUUGACGUAUUAUCAUUGUCACUGAAAAGCCCUCUUUAGGGAGUGUCAAUAAAGUUUGUAUUGUAUUGCUAUUUCGGGGAUGACUGAUUUUGCUGACCACAUUUAAAUGAUUGUACCUUACCAGCAAACUUUAAAUUUGAAAAUCUGCUCUAUCAAUGAGAGGUUUUGACCGAUCACUUAUUAAUAAAAUCACAGAGUGCUGUCGUCUAUUGUUUCCGAAAACUUGGACACAAAAUUACAUUUGAUACAACUGUGGCUUAAACAAUAACCCUCCUAAACUUAAAAUACUGAACUGCCUGCAAGAGUUAUUGAUCGCAUCAAAGCCGCAAGGAAACUUUUUUGAAAAUGGUUAUUGACACAGUGAUUGUAUUUUUAUGAUUUGUAUAAUUCUUAAUGUUGUGUAAUGCUUUUAAAUUCGUACUUCAAAUGUUUCUGUAAAGUAUGUACAUAUUUUCAAAGCUGAAUAAAUUAUUAUUUUAUCAUUCCACAAUGUCUCUGUAAAGUUUACUCUUAUUCGCCUCUAUAGGUAUCCCCUGCGGUCUUUAGUCCCUAAUGUUUCCUGCGAAUCAAGAGGAGGUUAUCUCAUUUCACGUUUUGACGUAGGCGUCACGUGGACGCGCAUACUCGAUGGAAAUGCGAUCGUUCGCUCGCAGUGGUUCCUCUCCUUUCGUAGCGUGUCGUCCGGCCUGAACUGAGAAACCACUGCUCGCAGGGUACGUUUUGAGCAGAAUGUGAAAAACCAAAAAUGCAAACGUUAUCUUUGUUCAUGAUCUGUUAUGCUUAGUUUACACCAAUGAGGCAAACAUGAACACAACCAACAUAACAGACUCGGUACAGACCUGCAGAUCCUGCUUUCCUUUUGUUAGGUUUUUUCAAGAAGCAAAAAGACUCUCAUUAUUCCGUUGCUACGUCAGUAUGUUUCUUACGUCGAAUGUGUAGACUUGGACUUGGACUUAAUCAAUCCUGAGUCUGUUAUCUGUGAUUAAUUGGUCAUCUGAAAACCAGUAGAGUCUUCGCCUCUUGUUAAUAAUGACAAUUGUUUUUAUCAGAAUGCCUAUUCCGAAGACGGCUUAUCUCUUCCUGCUGGUGAAGGAUUUACGCUGGACAGUGAAUCAGUUGCCUCGCUUGCUAAUAUUGACCGGUAAGGGUUUCUUUUUUUCUCGUGAAUACCCAAAGGGUAUUUCACGAAGUUAUCGCUGUGGAUUGAGAUAUGCAAAUAAGUCCACAGCACUCACUCAUCGUAAGCGAUCUUCGGCUCGCUCCGAAGUUGCCCGAUAUGAACACGACAAAUCGUCGCUGGUGGUGCCGAAGUGUACUUUGGGCAACAUUGGGCAUGCAUUGACUCACGCCACCUCGGGAGUGAGGAAAACAUCAACACUCGGUGUUGAUUUUAUAAGUUCUGAAAGUCGUGUAUUUGCAUUGUACGCUAGGAGUAUCUCGAUCAUAAGCACAGCUGGGACGGUUUAAAUUUCCAGUAACAUGCAUGACAAGGGAAGAACGUUGUCGAUAAAUCGCGCUUUUAACGUCGUUAACGUGGUUUGUUUUGCUUAUUUUUGUGUAACCCAAACUUCGCAGUGUCUUUAGCAGGCUCUGGCGAGGAACUGAUUACAGCCUGCGCCAAAAAGUCGUGUUCAAAGGCAUUUUACGCAGAAAAUCCCCGAAGCAUUUUGUCAUAGAAAAAUGCUGGUGUUGGUCUAAGCCUAGAGAAAUUUUUUUCUUCGAAACAAGCAGCCGCCCGUUCAUUUUCAACGGUCGUCAUUCCACACGAUUUCACAUGGUUGCAGCCGACAUUUACAACACGCAGUCAUCACAAGUAAGUCAGACAAGAAUGGAAGUCGGUAGCCAUAAGAAAGAGACGCGUGCUAUGCAGGCUACUUUUUAUUAAUCCUACAAUUCUUCAGUAACUCUGUCGUAGUAGGUUUACUGUAUUGUCAUUUUUUAUGUAGUAAACUCCAUGACCUUGUGCCAGAGGAAGAAAUGGAUUUAUUAACCACGGAAGAAACAUGGAAGCCUCUUAGGGACUUGGAUGAAGUGUCGGAAGAUGCUUCGAGUGUACAAGUAGAUGCUGACACCACUGGUAAGAGAUAGCGUCAUUUGCUAUCAGUGUUUGAAAUUUUAGAAAGGGAGGACAUUCUGUUUGUUCUUUUAGGGCUCGGAGAGAGAAUUCUCAGAGAAGAGAAAGAAAUGAGAGAAAUGAAAAGGAGAUUGCUUGCAAUCGAGGCUGAUCUUCAAGCUCUGUACAGAGAAAAUGAAGAAGAAUCUACUGAGGUGAGUUUAUUAACUUUAAGCAUCACUCAUGUGUCGUCACGUUCCAACUGCUGCUAAAGAGUGGUGACGUUGCCGAAGACCCUGGGCCCGAACAAGGCCCGAACAAGCUCCUGUUUGCCAUCAAUGUAAUGACAAGACUUUUCGCCGCAACCACAAAAUGUUUUAUCUGCACUGUUUGUGAAGACGCGACCCACGCUCUCUGUGCUGGAGUAGUGAACAUCUACCCUCUACCCAGUCUGAGGAUUGGACUUAUCCGCCCAAGUGUACCAUUUCAGUACUGCCGUUUUUGUGGUCAAGAUAUUUUAGAUUUAUCAGUGUCCAGCUGCGGAAGCGGCGAUGUGUCUUACUUACUAGCCUUACAGCGCAACAACAUGAAUUUACAUGGCUCGUACAAUCUUGAAAAGGUCUUGACUUUUACCAGUUGUCUUGAAAAGUCCUUGAAUUUGGUUUAGGUCCUUGAAAAGUACUUGAUUUCUCCAUUAGGUUUUGAAAAGUCCUUCAAAUUCACAACCUUGUCCACGCCAGACACCUUUCUUCUGUAAAAUUAGGUUAUUUUGCUGAGGAAAAUUUGGCUUAUCCUCGGUGUAAGAACAUGUAAAACUAACAGGUAACGUAAAAACAUUUUUGUGCAUGAACAGUAUUAUAUUUCUGUUUCUUUAUUUCAAAUGCUAUUUCCGUACCUCAGAUGCAAUUGCAAGUCAUACCUAGUCAUUUUGCAAAGUCUUGUUGUGGAAAGUAGUAUAACAUAAUGUGAUCAACGAUGGUCGAAGAAGUAAAAAUGGUAAAUGAUGACUCCAUGACAUGCUUUAGCCAAUAGAUUGAUAAAAGGGAGUUAAAGAAUGUCGAUCUUAGUCCUUUUUUGGUACAUUAAUUGAUCAGUGUACUAUUAAAUCCCCAAAUUUCGUGUCCAUUGAAAACUUCUAAAGUUGUCUAACAUGGGCCCAAAAGUGAGAAAAUAUUGAAGCGAUGUCAUAUAUUUGGCGAAGUUUUUGCUCUGAGAGUCCCUAUUGCCUCGAGUUUAGCACAACCUCAAAUUCCCAUGCAGCACGCGAGAAUUUACCGCGCUUAGUUGCCCUCUGAAAUCUCUCCGAAAUAUGGUAAUGCUGUAGAGUGGGAGAAAACAAUAGCGAAUAGAUUUCAGAGGGCAAAUAAGGUUGAAUUCCUGGAAAGACAAUUUUAUGGCGAAAAGCUCUCGUUUGUCCACAAAAAGGAAUCUGAGAACUCGUUUGAACUUUCUCUUUCCACUUGUCUUUCAUCGGCGUAUUUUCAAUCUUGAAAUGUAAAACUUUAGUCUUAAAAACCACCACAUGAUGUACGCGCGCCAGCCAUUUUGUUUACGGAUGACAUCUGCUAAGGUGUCAAAUUCGCCGGCUUCUUCCCCACCCCCUAUGUGGUUGCCCAUUUGACUUUUGUGGGGGAGGGGGUAUGGGUGAUUUAACUUGGGCGAGAAUUUUUUUUCCAAACCUCUGGAGUUUUUUCCCUGAGAUAUAACAGUGUAAGAUUUUUUUUGUCAGCAUUGUAUACGUCAUGAGGGAAAUUUUUUUCAGUGCAGGAUAUUAUUUUUCCCAGGCAUAUCCUUGCAAGCUUUUCUCCCUCGAAAUCAGUGUACAGGAUAUUUUUUUCUGAAAUCAACCAUAACCUCCUCAAAAGUCAAAUUAUCAGCCGCUAAAAUCCACCAAACAUUGGCUCAGUAGAUAGACUCAGAUUUGCCAAUCAUUUCUAAAACCUUUUGAAACAAUAGGGGACAAAACUCUCUAGCGGAGAGGGGAGGAAUUCCUUUCUACUUACCUCUACCCGGAAAGUCCGUACGGACGUAUGUUGACGUCAUAACCAAAUUUUCUCGGAUGAAUAGUUUACCAUUUUCUCUUAAGUAUGGGAGCUCCACGCUUGCGCGCGCGGAGGCUCCUUUGCUAUACUACUAGAAUGUGUAUUCAUUUCUGCAGGUUACCUUAUCAGGAGAAAUAUUACAGAAGCUGAUCGGGAGAAGUUCCAGAACCACCUCUCGAAGCACAACAGUAUCAGAACGCGUCAUGUCGUCUCUUUCCUCGGCCAGAACUACCACCGAUGAAACGAUCAAGCAGGAGGAAUUUCAACUUGCACCUACCUCUCCUGCAAAAAGGAGUAAAAUGAUAUCCAAUAGCAAGCACAGCUUACACACAAACCUUUUUAGUAAAGAGAACGAGAGCCCUUGUGGUUCGAAUGAUGAAGAAUAUUGAAAAAAUGCCUUGGAAACUAAAUGCACUGUCGGACAUGGUUCCAAUAGGGCUGAAGGCAGUUUCAGUGCAGUUGAGUUAAGUUCUAAUUUAACCGAUUCUGGUUCGUCCAAGAAACAGACAAGUCGGUGUUAAAGAGAAAGGCGACCACACAGCAGCAGAAUGUCAAAUCACGAUAAACAAGAUGGGUACCGGUCAAAGAGUGACACUGUGAAGUAUUUAUUGCUUUUUCUUGUUAGAAUAAAUAAGGAGCAAUUUGGUUAAAACCUGGAAAGGCAUCGCAAUCAAAUGCUGGAGACGAUGUCCUAAAAAAUAAAAAUUUAUGGUUGAUACUAACGUGUAGAGAUUAUGGUGCGAACAUAAGCACAAAGCUGCGUAAGGAAACUUUCACACAAAUAAGUUUGACAAUGGAUUGAGUUCUGUAACCCGUGUUGUAACAUAAUCAAGUAAUGUGUAAAUAGUUUGGACGAAGUAACCGAUUGUUUUUUAUUCCUUGUUAUAAAGUGUACAGACGUAAAGCAGCCUUCACACGGCUUUU